AUGAACGAGAAGGCGUCGGUUUCGAAGGAGCUCAAUGCCCGGCACAAGAAGGUCCCUCAUCCCUUGUCCGAAUCCCGCACCGAGAUCUUGUUGUUGUUCCCCUUUUGAUCUUUUUGCGAUGGAUUCGUGUCUUCUGGACAAGAGAAAUUGUUUUAUAUCCCAAUUUGGCGAAUAGGCGAUGCAGGGGUUGUGAGUAUUUGAGAUCCGAUGUUUUUUUUCCUCUCAAUUUUGCAUUUCAUUUGAGUUUCCGAGAGAUUUACAUUAGUUGGUGAAUCGAGGAGCACGCAGCUUCGUUAGGUGGGGUUUUGUUUGUCGCGAGGCUAACCCUUGGAUCCGCAAUCUAUCUCUGGAGAUGCAGCAUCUUGAGUCCACUUAUCAUGGGAUUUCCUUUAACCUAGAAUUUCACGCCGGGAUGCUCCGCCUGAUGAUGGGUUGGCUUUUUGCCUCUCGUUUUCUUUGUCGUUUCCUUAUUCUACUCCUGUCGACGGCCAAAUUUCGGCUGCUAACUUAGGGACAUGUCGUCUUUUUGUAAUUUUAGAGGCUUGGAAAUUUAUGAUGGAAAUUUUCCAUCGUCAAUUGGAAAUUUUAGAUCGACUUUGCCAUUUUUUAUUACCCACACUUGGAAGGAUCAAUGUAAAUCAUCCAUAGUGGAAGCCUUUUCUUUUAGAUGGCCAUUAUGGAAUGCAGAUAAUACCUUAACCUUUUCUUCCUUUCUUCUCGUGUUCCCAUUUCUCCCAGUUUUCACCCCCUCCUAUCCCAACCUGCUCAACCACAUCUUUUCUGACCCACACAUCCUUUUCCUGCCAAUUUAGAUUCUCUAGGAUUUUGUCUCCAUCCACAAGUUGGGAAAAGGCUUUCAGUGAUGAAGUCCAUGCCAUCUUUUUGUAGCACAGUUGUGGAGAGUAGAGCGGAUUCAGAGAAACGGAGAUCGAAACGUCAGUUGGUAGAUUAACGCGAAAAGUUAAUCUUACCACUUAGCCUUAGUUGUUCCAUGAAACCCAAGCUCGGUGAUGGCCUUCAGACCAGACAGGCGGUCUAGCCUAGCAUGGGGAGAUCCAGUCUUCUUUGAAUCAAUGCUUUGAGGCGGUUGAAAAUGUUUCAUAGACAUAUCUGCAAUGCAUACUAUUUUUCUUUAAAUAUCAUUCAAAGAAAUCUAAAUUCCCAGAUACACAAAAGGUAUGAAAUUUUCAAAACUCUCUCUCUUCUGCAUGAUAGCCUACGUUUCUAUUUUCUUUAAAAAUAGUUUUUGGUCAUUAUUGAACGAGAUCAUUCUUCUGUAUCAUCUUUUUUAUCUUUUUGUCAAAAAAAAUAUUUUUUUCACUUUAAUCAAAUCCUUUUCAGAUACUGGAUGGGCUUCUUAAGUUGCCGGAAAACAGAGAAUGUGCAGACUGCAAAAGCAAGUAAGGACAUGAUCUUGGCGUCAGCUUUAAUUUAGCGAAUUUUUAAUUGUACUUGGUUCCUUCUUGAAAACAAAAUUAUUAUAAUCACCACUUAAUUGGGGAAAGAAAAUGAAAUACAUUUAUUACAUUUACCUAUUCCUUUGCUGCUUCCGUAAAAUAUUCCAUUUUCGUAGCUCUGCUCUUCAUAUUGACUACAGAAGGUGAAAAAUGCUCGAUUCUUAUUUGAUAAUAUUCUUCAACUUGGUUUGCCAUUUCUUCAUACUCAUAGAUUAUGUUCAACAAUGAGUGAUCUUUCUGCAGGGGUCCACGAUGGGCUAGUGUGAAUUUAGGGAUCUUCAUAUGCAUGCAGUGUUCUGGCAUCCAUAGAAGUCUUGGUGUACAUAUUUCUAAGGUGAUAUUUUAUUUCUCAUGGAAAUUUUUUUCUAGUCGUUUAUUACUUUUGAAUUAAUAGUGCUAAUCAUCAGAAGGUCCUCAUUUACUGUAACUCCAUUGUUCUUUUUUCUAGAUCGACUAAAUGAGAAGAUAUAUAAAGCAUUGACGUCAUAAAUAUACUUAUAUUGUGCGGUAUCCUGCGUUGUCUAUAAUUAAUAUGCUCUGGCAUGUUUUCUAUCUCCAUCUAGCGUAGUCUGUCUCAUAUGAUUUGGCUUAGCCAUCAUACCUCUCAAGUUUUCUUUAAACGGUUUGCUGCCAUAAAUUUUCCAUUGAACCUAUUUGUUCAAUACUAUAUCUUCUGUCACGCUUUAUCAAAAUUUUAUAAAGGCCAAUCCCACGAGGAAAACAGACCCAAUCCUGUAUAAGCUAGCUAUUUUAGUGCUACGGACAAGCUUAAAUGAAAUUGGCAUUUGAGCGUGGUUGACUUAGUUCAUUUAUCUAACAGCCACUUAGACCUUAACCAACUAAAUUGAUUUGACAAAGAUCAGCAUGCACGAUUUAUUACGCCUGGUCUUUACAUCGUCAAAUUUAGCCUGAUAUUAGAGAAUUCAUGCAUGAUAUAAAACUAUUGUUUAUCCUUUACCAUUAGAUUUUUGUGCUGUUAGAAGUUCUGGCUUGGGCUCAAUUUUCUUUUGGUCUUGCCCUUGAAAAAGGGUAUGCCGAAUCUUCUCUGGCCCAAAAGUCAAACAGAUUUCUUGGCACUCAAAUAGCAGGGAACCAAUUCUGCCACACCUAUCAGUCUGUGGAAAUCUCCUCUCAAAAAGCAUAUUUCACAAUAUAGGCUGAUUCAGGUGAUGUGCUCGUGUAAACUUGGUUUUUAGAAGCCAAUAUUUGAUAUCCUAAGUAGGAUUUCCGAGUUCAAUAUUUUUUUUUCAAAAGGAUUCAAGGCUAGGCUCUUGAUGAGCGAGCGCUAAAUUAACUGGUGUCACUACUCAGCAUGUAAUUUAACUUCCACCAUUAAACAACCAUGUAGUUGGUUUACGAUUAGAGAAAAUUCAGCAUCACUGUAUAGUACAGGGACAUGUAAGACGGACACAGACAGGUUUUUUCGUAAGUAUAUGGGCCUCUGAUGAUAAGGUCGGGAAGAUUUCUUAAAAGAAAUGGUAACUUAGGAGUUUCAUGAGAAAGAUUAAUAAAUCAGUGGAUAUUGUAGUGAUUUUAUUGGACUUACCCUUGCAAACAAUACAUUUAAGUAAUCCAAUUGCCGAGGGCUAAAGUUGACUCAAACUGGCUAGACCCCUUGUCCCAACUGAUUGGCAUCAGAGAUACCCGAAAAUAUCAGUUAAACGAGUCUACUGACCUCAAACCUUCUUCUUUUCUUUUUUUCUCUCUUUUUUUAAAGAGGGUGGUUUACUGCUUAUUUAUAUCUGUCUGAAAUUACAUGGUUUGAGUCCUUUGAUUGGCAGUGGGCAUCUUUGCCCAGCUUUCAAGACAAGAACUUUUCAAGAGAUGAACCAUAUCUGUCUCAGAAUUAAUUGUUAAAAUUUCUCCGGUUUGCACAACAAUUUUCCUGUCUGUCUUAUUUCAAUUUUCCUUGUUAACUUCCUACUUGUUUUAGGUUCGUUCUGCCACACUAGACACAUGGCUCCCAGAGCAGGUUGCAUUCAUCCAGUGUAAGUAUACAUCAUGCUAUCAUUUUGACUAAAGAUCGCUUAAUUUGUUGUACGUUUAUGAAUAGGCUCUGGUUAUGAUUCUGAAAAUUUCUGCCUAAUUUGUCUGUGAUUGUGGGCAGCAAUGGGAAAUGAGAAGUCCAACACCUACUGGGAAGCUGAAUUGCCUCCAAACUAUGAUAGAGUUGGCAUUGAAAAUUUUAUACGUGCAAAGUAUGUUUCUUUGAGGAUUUUUUUUGUUGUAAAAUUUCUCACCCUGAAUUCUUUAUAUCCCUUUCAUUAACUGAAAAUGUAACCCAUAGGUACGAAGAGAAAAGGUGGGUUCCAAGGGAUAGAAAGUCAAAAUCACCACCAGAGGCCCGGGUAGAGCGAGCCGAAUAUAGUAAGAAACUCAGUGAUAAAGGUGUACAGGAACUGCCCAAUGGUAAAGAGCGUCCAUCUGAGGAGAGGAACAGAAUUCCAACACAUACAAGAAAGAAGAGUUCUCCUGAAGUUCCCAAGGUAUCUUGAUUGGGUGGACAAACUCAUUAUUUAGUUUCUUUGAUGCAUUUCAUCUAUAAAAUAUUUUCAGAUCGGUUUUCUUUCAUAACAGCCGUUUCCUGGGUUUCAUUGUAGACAUGAGCCCAUUAUAGAUCGUAUUGUAGUUUGGUAUCUGCUGGUGUUUGAGCCCUCUAUAUACAGUCAUUUGGCCUAGGCUAACCGGGCUGAUUCGGCCUUGAACCUGCCUAUCUGAGUUGAAUGUCUGUUUCUGGACCAUUCCACCAUAAAUUAGUCUCAAGUCAGACAUUUAUACUCCGAUUGCAACCCAAUAUUAGUCAUAUUGUCUAAAAUUAACUAUGUUCACAUUUUGGGAUAACUUUUUUCACUUGGUCUUAAUCUUUACCCUAGACACACUUUGGGUAGUGCAACUUGACGAAAGUGCCUAUCAAAUGGAAUACCUUGACUGGCUUGUGCUCGAUUAUUAUUUUGUUUCUAUAGCGAAUGCUCAUUUUGAUGAUUAUUAUUUUUUUCUAUAGUGAAAAUCUCUGGAGAAUUUUCCUCUUCACGAGUUUAACCGUUCUCUUUUUUUUUUUUUUCUUCAUGAGAUAAUUAGAAGAUGUAUUCCUCAUUACUGUGAAUCAUAGAUGUGUUUAUCCAUUCAGUAUUCCACUAUGUAUAUUCAGAAAAAGAAUAAAGGGACAGUUUCCAAGAAAACAUAGAAAAUGAAGGUAGAAAUGCUCCGGUCCUCAAGUUAACUGUGCUUCUUUUUCGUUUUUUCUUUUUUUCUUUUUUUUCCAUUUGAGCUCUCUCAGCUGGUAUAGACUGAAAUAUGUUGGGCAUGGCGCAGGUGCCUUCUAAUUCUAAACCUGAGGUCGCCUCAUCCCAGGCCAAACCUCUACAGGCAGCUCCUGCUACCGUCACCGCCGCUCCACCUACAAAGGUUGACUUCGCCACUGACCUCUUCAGGAUGCUUACGGUCGAAGGGCCUACUGAGAACGGCUCGGAGUCUUCUAAGCAUAAUGAUAAUUCCUGGGCGGGUUUCCAAUGUAUGCAGCUUUUUUAACUGCUCAUUUGUUUUCAAUUAUUUACGACCUAUUUGAACCUUUUAUUCGAUUUUCCGCCCUCCCACUCGAUCUCUUGUUCUCUUUUGCCUUCUUGUGGGUAAUAUCUGUUGUGUCCCUUUUUUUGUCCGCGUGCCACCAAUCUUUCAGCCGCAGAGACGGUGACCGCGGUGCAGAAACCCGGCGCUGGAAAGCAAGAGGAAGUUGUCAAGGUUCAGGGUGCACCCAGGGCAGAAGAAGACAUCUUCAAAGACCCGCCUUUGAUGCCGGCCAUGGGUUCAUCAUCAUCAUCAUCAUCAGCAGCAGCAGCAGCAGCAGCCGCAUCUAGGCCGCAAAAGGACGUGAAGAAUGAUAUCAUGAGCCUCUUCGAGAAGGUACGUUCUAGAUCGUAUUGUUCUUGUCGUCUCAGCUAAAAUAAAACUGCCUUUCUCCCGUGCAGUCAAGCAUGGUGUCUCCGUACGCUGCCCACCAACAGCAGAUGUCCGUCCUCGCUCAACAGCAGGCUCUUCUCAUGGCCGCAGCAACGGCAGCUGGUAAGCCCUUUGGUGGGGCCCCCGGGGUGACAGGUGUGGUCCGCCCCCCUGGUCAGAACAGCGCCCCCGGUCCCACUGGAGCCCCACAGAUGCAGCAGGCCUGGUCAACCAUGGGCUACCACCAGAUCCCCACGGCCGCCAAAAAUGAGCUGACCGGCCUUGCCCAGGUGGAGAUGCCGGAUUUCAUUGAGAUGCCAGUCUGUUUUCUUCUGUCAACGGGUCCUUCAGAUCCCCAUAACUAACUACUCCGUGCUCCCGCCAUUGCAGGUCGGAAGCUACCGGCUGUCGUCAUCCCCAGCAGGAAACUUCGGCCUCUCUAUCCCACCCGGGUAAUUUUCCUUUUUUUUUUUUUUUUCGGCCGUUUUUUCAUGAUUCGUUGCUCUCAUCUUCGGCUCUUUGGCAAGUUUGAGGUGCCGCAUCAUGAAUCUUGCUCCGAUCAAAUCUCAACUCUUUUAAUUUAUUUAUUUAUUUAUAAAAAAAUGGGCCCUGUUUUGACAAAUGAAUUGAUUAAAUCCAUAAGCAAAUCCAAAUUUUGGAGAUCCAUUAAAAAAUAAAAAUGUUCGCUACGAGUGCUCCGAAAAAAAAUGUAGGCUUAUUGGAAAACUUGCAUUUCAUGCUAGCUAGCCUGUGGAAUCUUCUGAAUUUAGAUGGAAAAAAAAAAAAAAAAAAAACUCCCGAACAGAUCCAUCUCAUUUUAAGCAAGUUGUUCUUCAUCCGAAAUAAAUUAUGCAUUUCUGUUGAUUAAUUUCUUAAUUUUUUGCCGAGUUUUUUCUUUCGUGGGUCUGACCGGACGGCUUUUGCAGCAUGUACGCUGUUGGACUGGCGGCGCCCAUUGGCAGCGGAGCGUCCGGCAGCGGCGGCGCCGGCGCCAGGCCUGCGGCAGCUUCCCUCACUGCCGCCGCCACCCCAAGCCGAUCCGCGGGAGACUUUGACUUCUCGUCGUUGACCCAGGGGAUGUUCUCGAAACAAUGA